CUUACUCAGUAUCGUUUAAUCCGUCUCUCUCCCCCUCUCACACUCCGUUGCUGCGCUGACGGAUGGGGAUACACUGCCAAAGGAGGACUUAGGGGCGAGAAGAGAAGUGUUUAUUUUCUUCCCUGGUGUGUUUUCUUUUCUCUUCCGCCUGGCUUCCCCUCAUGAGCUGUUAAUUCCAGCCCCGGUUACCGAGGAUGAGGAGGAUCUAUUUGUGAGGAAGGGCGCAACAAAGGAAGAGGGGAAACCAGGAGCAACAGGGUGGUACAUUUUGCCAGCGGGAGUGAGCGAAAAGACCUUUCCCUUUCCUCCAGGCUCGUGCAAAGGAGUCCUGACUCCCAGCAGCAGCAGCCAUGUGAGAGGAGCUGUCGACAAGCAAAGGAUGCCCACGCCCAGCUAAAGCAGAGCCGCCCCCCCAUCCAUCCCCUCUGCUCCCUCCCUUCUUCACACAUGAGGACGAGAAGAUGACUAUCACCAGCCGGCAGUCCUUCAAUGUCCUGACGGUCAUCUUCCUCCUGCUGUCCACUGCAGCGCUCUCAGCUCAUUACCGAGUGUGUGAACCGUACUCCGACAACAAGGGGCGUUACCACUUCGGCUUUCACUGCCCACGCCUCUCAGACAAUAACAAGACCUACAUGUUCUGCUGCUACCACAACAACACCGCCUUCAAAUACUGCUGCAACGAGAGCGAGUUCCAGGUGGUCAUGCAGGUCAACCUCACCACCACCUCAGACGGUUACGCACACAAUAAUUAUACAGCCCUGGUCGGCGUGUGGAUCUACGGCUUCUUCGUGAUGGUGCUGCUGGCGCUGGACUUUCUCUACUACUCCGCCAUAAACUAUGAGCUGUGCCGGGUGUACCUGGAGAAAUGGGGUCUGGGCGGGCGCUGGCUGAAGAAGGCUCGCAGUCAGUGGCACAGGUCCAUGCCGGAGGAGAGCGAGGCCCCGGCUCAAGCCCCCCCCACCGUCUCUAGCCACUACCAGCCCAGAAACAGCCUGAGAGGGGAGAGCCACAGCCCCACACUGCUGCCCUACAACACAUCCACCGCAUGAACGAUGCUGCAGUGGACAAACUGAAGAGUAGCAACACCUUGUUUCGUUUGGUGGUACAGAGGAGACGCCACCCCCCACCCCCGAUGCCCCCUCUCUGGACCACAGACUCAACACCAGUGGUGGGUUAGCCAUACUGUAGUAGGAAGAAGUGACUGCUGCCCUUUUCUAAUGAGCACAAAACCCCCUUGGACUAACAGACUGAUAUGGCAGUAAGAAACUCAGCUGAACAGAAGCUGCCGGAGACACAGAGGAGCGUACUGCUGCUGCCAUAGCAGAGGAGCGACACAUUGAAAUGCUCACAGGUGUUCAGUGAUCCCCUGAAAAGGCUGCCAAAGCCUGGAGCAUCUCCAACAGAUCCGAGCUGAACUGGAUCAACUGUACCCACAUGAAGCGAGGAGCUCAUCUUUCUAAAUAUAACAUGUUUAUUACACUGCUGUGUCAGUUUGUGUUCAGUAGCAGUUAGACACGAUGUUGGUUAUCUAUUUGGUGAUUUAUUUAUGUGAAGUAGUCAGAGAAAUAUAUGAGUGGUUGACAUUCGGGAACAUGUAACAGCUUAGGUUGAUGCUGAGCAUCUCACUAGAGUAGAGUGUUUUUGUUACUUACUGAAACUAGACACAAAAUGUCUCUGCAGCCAUGUUGAAAAACAAUAUCUUGUAUGAAGUGUUCUCUCUAUAUUGUAACGUGUCUGACAAGGACACAAGGCCAUACAGAUAAACUGUUGUAGAUCUAAAGGUUUUACAUUAGGUCAUCAAUAUUUCUCCUUUUCGGUUUGUGAUGCUGAGGAAAGGGAUGUCCACUCUCAAUAAGUUAUUCAUCCAAACAAUGAAUGAGGAUCAGGGAUGCCUUUACAACAGCAAAGAGCUUCAUGCUAAGUUAAACAUGAAUCCUUGGCUAUGAGCCUACAGACCCAUUUGAGAGCAUUACUUAGUUAGUGUGAGACAGUCGCCUCUGGAAACUCAUCCAUUGACUUGUUUGCCCUUCCUCAUUACCAGAGCUGCCUGAAAAACAACUCCAUUAGUAAUAUGAUGCAAAUGAAUAUGUUGGUUCCAUUAUAAGGAGAGCUCUUUAUCCCACACUGGUAAAUAGACAAUUGUAAGCGAUUAGCCAUAAUAAAAAAAAAUGUAAAAAACCCA